GCCGCCGCCAACAUGCCCAACUUCGCCGGCACCUGGAAGAUGCGCAGCAGCGAGAACUUCGACGAGCUCCUCAAGGCCCUGGGUGUGAACGCCAUGCUGCGGAAGGUGGCCGUGGCCGCCGCGUCCAAGCCGCACGUGGAGAUCCGCCAGGACGGGGACCAGUUCUACAUCAAGACGUCCACCACCGUGCGCACCACCGAGAUCAACUUCAAGGUCGGAGAAGGCUUUGAGGAGGAGACCGUGGACGGACGCAAGUGCCGGAGUUUAGCCACGUGGGAGAAUGAGAACAAGAUCCGCUGCACGCAGACCCUGCUGGAGGGUGACGGCCCCAAAACCUACUGGACACGCGAGCUGGCGAACGGCGAGCUCAUCCUGACGUUUGGCGCCGAUGACGUGGUCUGCACGAGGAUUUAUGUUCGGGAGUGAGGGCGGCCGACUCGCCCCAGCUUUGGCGGUGCGAUGCAUGUCCCCCCACCCCGAGGAGUGUCCUAGGUCGGAGCUGCUGGUGCACGGCCCCUUCCCCGCUAACGUUAGUGACCCCGUUUCCCUGUGCCCGUGGCGUAGUGGUUCCCCGAGGCCUUUGUGCC